AUGCUUAAACGAGCAAAUUUGAAAUACUUGGCAUUGACCUUUGUAUUGUUAUUCUUUUUUCAUUGGGCAUUAGUAACAAAUCGUCCAAAAUCAAGUUUUUCAAAAUCACGAGUAUCCUCAGAACUUUCAGAAUUUGAUACAGAUUUUCAAAGUAAAGUUAUUGGAAGUUACGAUGAGUUGAAUAUUAAUAGAACUGAAAAAACGGCCAAGGCGAACGCAUGUUUUGUAGUUUUGAUUCGAAAUACUGACUUACAUAACUUUAGAUGGUCAAUGAGACAACUUGAAGACCGAUUUAAUCAUAAAUAUAAUUAUCCAUAUGUGUUUUUGAACGAUGUUCCAUUUACAGAAGAAUUCAUAAAGUAUACAAGUUCCUUAACUAAUGCAAAAACUGAAUAUGGCAAGUGUGUAAUUCCGAAAGAAUAUUGGAGCGUUCCAGAUUAUAUAGAUAUGGAAACUGUUAAUAAAAAUAUGGAUAGAAUGUCGAAAGAAGGAGUUUUAUACGGUGGUAGCUUACCUUAUCGUCAUAUGUGCAG